AUGGGCAGCGACCGGAGCGCGCCCGGACGGCCGGGCUGGGCGGGCAGUCUCCUCGGCGGCCGGGAGGCGGCGGCGCGGCCGCGACUGCUGCCGCUGCUCCUGGUGCUUCUGGGCUUCCUGGGCCGCGGCGCGGCGGCGGAGGACGCAGAAGUCAACGCCGAGAACUGGCUGAGGCUCUAUGGCUACCUGCCCCAGCCGAGCCGUCACAUGUCCACCAUGCGCUCCGCCCAGAUCCUGGCCUCAGCCCUGGCCGAGAUGCAGCGCUUCUAUGGGAUUCCCGUCACGGGUGUGCUCGACGAAGAAACCAAGGCGUGGAUGAAGCGACCCCGCUGCGGGGUGCCAGACCAGUUUGGGGUGCGUGUGAAAGCCAAUUUGCGACGGCGGCGGAAACGCUAUGCCCUCACGGGGAGGAGGUGGAGCAGCUACCAGCUGACCUUCAGCAUCCAGAACUACACAGAGAAGCUGGGAUGGUACCACUCGCUGGAGGCGGUGCGAAGGGCCUUCCGCGUGUGGGAGCAGGCCACACCCCUGGUCUUCCAGGAGGUGCCCUACGAGGACAUCCGGCUGCGGCGGCAGAAGGAGGCUGACAUCAUGGUACUCUUUGCCUCUGGUUUCCACGGCGACAGCUCACCAUUUGAUGGCACGGGGGGCUUUCUGGCUCAUGCCUAUUUCCCUGGCCCUGGUCUGGGCGGGGAUACCCAUUUCGAUGCAGAUGAGCCCUGGACCUUCUCCAGCACUGACCUGCAUGGGAACAGCCUCUUCCUGGUGGCAGUGCAUGAGCUGGGCCACGCGCUAGGGCUGGAGCACUCUAGCAACCCCAGUGCCAUCAUGGCGCCGUUCUACCAGUGGAUGGACACCGACACCUUCCAGCUGCCCGAGGACGACCUCCGGGGUAUCCAGCAGCUCUACGGCACCCCGGAUGGCCAGCCACAGCCCACCCGGCCUCUCCCCACCGUGACUCCCCGGCGACCAGGCCGGCCAGAUCAUCGGCCCCCCAGGCCCCCCCAGCCACCACCCCCAGGUGGGAAGCCGGAGCGGCCCCCAAAGCCAGGCCCCCCAGCCCAGCCCCGAGCCACGGAACGGCCUGACCAGUAUGGCCCCAACAUCUGCGACGGGGACUUUGACACAGUAGCCAUGCUGCGUGGGGAGAUGUUCGUGUUCAAGGGCCGCUGGUUCUGGCGAGUUCGACACAACCGCGUCCUGGACAACUAUCCCAUGCCCAUCGGGCACUUCUGGCGUGGUCUGCCCAGUGACAUCAGUGCUGCCUACGAGCGCCAAGAUGGGCGUUUUGUCUUCUUUAAAGGUGACCGCUACUGGCUCUUCCGAGAAGCGAACCUGGAGCCUGGCUACCCACAGCCACUGACCAGCUAUGGCCUCGGCAUCCCCUAUGACCACAUUGACACGGCCAUCUGGUGGGAACCCACAGGUCACACCUUCUUCUUCCAGGAGGACAGGUACUGGCGCUUCAAUGAGGAGACGCAGCGCGGAGACCCCGGCUACCCCAAGCCCAUCAGUGUCUGGCAAGGGAUCCCUACCUCCCCCAAAGGGGCCUUCCUGAGCAAUGAUGCAGCCUACACAUACUUCUACAAGGGCACCAAGUACUGGAAGUUCGACAACGAGCGCCUGCGGAUGGAGCCGGGCUACCCCAAAUCCAUCCUGCGGGACUUCAUGGGCUGCCAAGAGCACGUGGAGCCGGGACCCCGCUGGCCCGAUGUGGCCCGUCCGCCCUUCAACCCCGACGGGGGUGCAGAGCCCGGGGCGGGCGGGGACGGCGAGGAGGGCGAGGAGGGCCAUGAGGCCGGCCCGGGCGGCGGCAAGGGGACAGGCGGGGACGGGGACAGCCGCGUGGUGGUGCAGAUGGAGGAGGUCCCGCGGACGGUGAGCGUGGUGCUGGUGCUGGUGCCGCCGCUGCUGCUGCUCCUGUCUGUCCUGGGCCUCAGCUACGCCCUGGUGCGGAUGCAGCGCAAGGGCGCGCCGCGCGCGCUCCUCUACUGCAAGCGCUCCCUGCAGGAGUGGGUCUGACGCGCCGCGCCCCGCCCUCCUGCCCCUCUCCGCGCUGCGGGGGCGGGGCCGCUGGGCACCGAGCCGGCAGCCUUCCAGGGCUCCC